UCAUAAAAUUAUUUCCUUAUAAAUCUGGCCCGAUCUCGAUACCCUCAUCUGUACAUAUAUGACUGGUCGAGCCAAUACCUUUCGCGGGUUCUCGAUCCAUAUCCCGAUUCCUACUUUCUCAUCUCUUAAAAACCAUCCUUGUUCAUCUUAUACGUACACAUAUAUACAUAUAUAUAUAUAUAUAUCGAUCUGCCCAUGUUUUCUUGUUAAGUUCUUUCAACUAAGAAGUAAUUUUGGUGAUUUCCCGGAGAGGUAACUUUUGGUUGGGAUCAUGGCGGGGGCAAGUGGAGGACGAUCUUUGGAAGAAACUCCAACUUGGGCUGUUGCAGUGGUCUGUUUUGUUUUGGUUUUAAUAUCCAUAAUCAUCGAGCACAUCAUCCAUCUUAUAGCAAAGUGGUUGAAGAAGAAACAUAAAAGGGCUUUAUAUGAGGCAUUAGAAAAGAUCAAAUCAGAGCUUAUGUUAUUGGGAUUUAUAUCCUUGCUCCUCACAGUCGGGCAAAGCCCAAUCUCUAAUAUAUGCAUAUCGAAGUCACUCGGAGCAACGUGGCAUCCAUGCAGUAAGGAGGAAGAAACUGAGUCGAACAACAACAAGGCCGAAGAGGAAACGGAUUCUGAAACCGGUGGACGGAAGCUACUGAGUAUGUUGUCGGAUUCUGGUGGAAGUUUCCGACGAAUUUUGGCGUCGGGGUCGUCUACAGAUAAAUGUGCAGAAAGGGAUAAAGUCUCGUUUGUAUCCAAGGAUGGUAUCCAUCAGCUACACAUUUUUAUCUUCGUGUUGGCUGUUUUCCAUGUCCUCUACUGCGUCCUCACCCUAGCUUUGGGUAGAGCCAAGAUGAGACGUUGGAAGCACUGGGAAACUGAAACAAGAACAGCUGAGUACCAGUUCUCACAUGAUCCAGAACGAUUCAGGUUUGCAAGGGACACUUCUUUCGGGAGAAGACACUUGAGCUUCUGGACCAAAACGCCUGCGCUCAUGUGGAUAGUGUGUUUCUUCAGGCAGUUUGUUAGGUCGGUUCCUAAAGUUGAUUACUUGACCUUGCGGCAUGGAUUUAUCAUGGCACAUUUGGCACCUCAAAGUCAUCAGAAGUUUGACUUCCAAAAAUAUAUCAAAAGAUCUCUGGAAGAGGAUUUCAAGGUGGUUGUGGGAAUCAGCCCUCCUAUCUGGUUCUUCGCGGUGAUAUUCUUACUAUUCAACACUCACGGCUGGAAAUCCUAUCUCUGGCUACCCUUUAUCCCAUUGGUUAUCAUCUUAUUGGUGGGGACAAAGCUACAAGUGAUCAUAACCAAAAUGGCAUUGAGAAUCAUAGAGAGAGGAGAGGUUGUGAAGGGGGUGCCUGUGGUUCAGCCAGGUGACGACCUCUUCUGGUUUAAUCGCCCUAGUCUCCUUCUUUACCUCAUUAACUUUGUUCUCUUCCAGAAUGCUUUCCAGCUUGCAUUCUUCGCAUGGGCUUGGUAUGAAUUCGGGUUGAGAUCUUGUUUCCACAGGCAUGUGGAGGAUAUCGUUAUCAGAAUCUCAAUGGGGGUCCUCGUACAAAUUCUGUGCAGCUACGUUACUCUCCCACUCUAUGCCCUUGUAACGCAGAUGGGUUCGACCAUGAAACCAACGAUCUUCAACGAAAGAGUAGCAGCGGCGCUACGCAAUUGGCACCACACCGCAAGGAAGCACAUAAAGCAGCAAAAGGGCUCGGUCACCCCUAUGUCGAGCAGACCCACCACCCCAUCCCACCACUUGUCGCCGGUGCAUCUCCUGCGCCAUUACAGGAGCGAAAUGGACAGCGUCCACACAUCUCCAAGAAGAUCCAACUUCGACUUUGAACAUUGGGAAACCGAUUCUCCCUCACCGUCACACCACCACAACCGGAUAUCCGGAGAGGGUUCGUCCUCUUAUCAGCCCGGCCAACAAUCCGACCAAAGUAACGCCGAGUAUGAUAAGAAUGUCAACGAAAGUAGUAUUUCUGUUCCACAGACAGGUCGCUUGCAACAUGAAAUUGAUCUCGGCAAUCCGAAAGACUUCUCGUUUGAUAAAAGAACAAGUUUGUGAACGAAAUGAUGAUCAAGAUCAUGCGUUUAUAUGUGGGUAUUAAUUUUCUACGUCUCAUUGAUUGGAAGAUCAUGAUGACGACGAUAAGGAAGGGAUGGGACUUCCAACCAUGUAUGAUGCCCCAUGAUCGAUGGGUCUGAAUAUAUAAAGAGAUCGAAGUUCUUUAAUUAUUUUGCUUGUACAGCUUGUUACGAUUUGAAGGUUUUGGCGAAAAAAUAGAGAUCAUAGACAAUAAUCAUAUUGUUUACUUA